AUGAAAGAAACUAAUCCAGGAGCUGAUGCUAUAGGGCAGAAUCUGAUAAAGUUGAUAAGUAAUGUGUGUUUCUCAGUGUUUGUGUUCUCAGUUUUGAUAUUUACUGUUAUUGCAAUCACUUACCAACCACCAGAUCCAUGGCUGGAAUCAGCUCCAGCUUUAACAAAACUCUUUACACAAACUGAGAAUGCUACUUUUAAAAUUGAUGAUUCUGUUGCCAAAACUGGUGAGGAUAUGCAAACUGAGGCUACCCCUGCAGUCCCUCCUAUUGCUGAUAUUAAGCCGAUUACUGAGGAGGUGAUUGAGAAAAAGGAGGAGGAAGUGAGUAAUAUGACGCUCAAAUCGUCUGGUUGUGAGGAUUUGGAGCUAGUGAAUUGUUCAGAUCCGAGGGUAUUGAUUACGGUUGAGAAGUUCAACUUCAGGCUGUUUAAGUCAAUUGUCUUUUUGGAUUAUCAAACUCCAGUUAAUGGAUCGAAGCAGGAUGAGUGUGAUGUGUCAUGGAGGUUUAGGAAUAAGAAAGAGAAGUCGUGGAGGAAGUAUAGGGAUUUUAGGAGGUUUAAGUUUGGAACUGGAGAGAAUUGUUCUUACAAAAUCGUGCAUGCUGGUGGUUGGCAUUCUGGUAUUAAUGCCAGGAGGAUGAGGAUUAGAACUAAUUCCACAAGGAGUGGUAGAAAAAAUCCAAAAGUUGCACCAUUGGUUCGGGAUGAUGAGAUAAAUGACACGAUCCCAAGCUUGGGAUCAGAAACCAACUUUAGAAAGGGGAAGUACUUGUAUUAUUCCAGAGGAGGGGAUUAUUGCAAGGGAAUGAAUCAUUACAUGUGGAGUUUCUUGUGUGGGUUGGGGGAGGCUAUGUAUCUGAACAGGACAUUUGUCAUGGACUUAAGCAUAUGCUUGUCGGGUCAGUAUAAUCCAAGUGGGAAGGAUAAAGAGGGGAAUGAUUUUAGGUUUUAUUUUGAUUUUGAGCAUCUUAAGGAGGCGGCAUCGAUUGUCGAAGAGGGUGAAUUUUUGAGAGAUUGGAAGAGAUGGGACCGUGCCCAUAAGAAGAAAGUUCCAGUUAAGAAGGUUGUGACUCAUAAGAUGACACCAAUGCAACUAAGGAAAGAUAAGAGCACAAUCAUAUGGAGGCAGUUUGAUGGUCAGGAGCCAGAAAAUUAUUGGUAUAGGGUGUGCGAAGGGCAAGCUGCAAAGUACAUUCAUAGGCCAUGGCAUGCCGUUUGGAAAUCAAAAAGAUUGAUGAAUAUAGUUACAGACAUCAGUGGGAGAAUGGACUGGGAUUUUGAUGCAGUUCAUGUGGUUCGUGGGGAGAAAGCUCAAAAUAAAGAGCUCUGGCCUCAUUUGAAUGCUGAUACUUCUCCUGACGCGCUCGUUGCAAAGCUUCAAGGGAUGAUUAAGCCUUGGAGGAAUCUGUACAUAGCAACCAAUGAACCAUUCUACAAUUAUUUCGAUAAAUUGAGGUCUCAUUUCAAGGUCCAUUUACUUGAUGAUUACAAGGAAUUGUGGGGAAAUACAAGUGAUUGGUACAAUGAGACAAUGCUUUUGAACAAUGGUCGUCCUGUUGAGUUUGAUGGAUACAUGAGAGUUGCUGUGGAUACUGAGGUUCUUUAUAGAGGAAAAACACGCGUGGAAACAUUUUAUAAUUUGACCAGUGACUGCAAGGAUGGAAUCAAUACAUGCUGA